GUGUGCGUGUAGGGGCACCCAUACGUGCGUGGGCAGGAGGGACCCUGCCCACCUGCCAGCGGUGUGUCAGCCCCGGCCGCCACCACCGGCAUGACCCCAGCCCUGCACGGUGCCACGGGCGGGCCCGGCAGGCGGGUGGUGGCCGCACCCUGGGUCGGGCGGGUGCCUCCUGCCACCCUGUCCCCAUCCUCAUCCUCGCCGAGGCUGGGCAGGCUCCGUGGCCCCACCGGCUGCCCCCAUGCAGCAGGAGCAGGGGGCACGGGGCCCCGGCACCCCCGAGGCCGAGGUCAAGGCUGUCGUCGUGGGGGACGGGGCCUGCGGGAAGACGUCUCUGCUGGUGGCCUUUGCCAGGGGGGACUUCCCCAAGGUCUACGUCCCCACCGUGUUUGAGAAGUACACGGCCUCCCUCCAGGUUGGCGACAAGCCCGUGAAGAUCCACCUCUGGGACACAGCAGGACAGGAAGACUAUGACAGGCUUCGCCCGCUGUCCUACUCAGAUGCCAACGUUGUCCUCAUCUGCUUUGACGUCACCAACCCCAACAGCUACGACAACAUCCUAAUAAAGUGGUACCCGGAGGUGAACCACUUCUGCAAGGGCGUCCCGGUGCUGCUGGUGGGCUGCAAAACCGACCUGCGGCAGGACAUGGCGGUGCUGCACAAGCUGCGGGAGGGACACAUGGAACCCAUCUCCCACCAGCAGGCAAAGGCCAUGGCCCGGCAGAUCCACGCCGUGUCCUACUCGGAGUGCUCGGCCAGGUACCAGGAGAACAUCGGGGACAUCUUCGUGGAGGCCUGCGGUGCCGCCCUCAGCGCCGCUCGCCAAAGCCGGCGCAGGAGGGGACCCAGGAGGGGCUGCGUGCUCUGCUGAGCCCCCCACCCCCGCCGUAGCUCCUGGGACCUGCCGCUGGCCCCCCAACGCCGGCUCGGGACGGCGCCUCGGCUCCCCACCCCCGCCACCAGACCUCCGCCGCCACGCUCCGGUCGCCCCCCCCCCCGCAAGCCGGCCCUGUGGGGCUGGUGCUGCCGUGGGGUGCCAGCGGGACGGCACCCCACACCCGGCACGAAGAAACCGGUGCCGCCACGGAACCCAGCGUCCGAGCGUCCUCCGCCGGCCUGCCCGCACCGAGCCCCGCGGGCUGGGGGGCUCCGGAGAACUGAUUUUGGGGGGCGGCAGAGGGGG